AUGUGGGAUCGUUUUAAUUGUAUAGAUAUCUUAUACAUCUGGCCACAACAACGACGAUGGUCCCAGCCGGCGGGCAGAUCUUGUUGGGAUCACGACUUUCUGGGCCAUAAUUCUCACCAGAGCACAUAUACACAUAUACAUGUACUCGAAUAUGGUUACAGCGACCCAGAAAGCCUCGUCCUAAACGUAGCCAGUCUCUAUACUCCAUUUGAGAACGGCGAGACAGUGUCGGAGGUCUGGGUAGACAUCACCCAGAAUGUUGUCGGCGGUCUUGGGUUCCGCACAAGCAAAGGCAGUCCUGCUCCCUCGGGGUCUUUGGGUCAGUUCGACCCAUUGGGCGCGAUGCCUCUGAUCCCUAGUUUGAGAUACUGUGUUGAGGACUUCUUUGGUGGCUCUGUCGACCUGGUGGGUGUUGUCGAGGUGACUUGCUGUCGAUUGAAGCAUAAGCCAGAGAUUGUCUCUGGCAUGUUGUUCCGCUUCGCAGGAGGUCGCCAGGAAGCACUGGGGGAAGUGCACCUCAACGGAUUGCAGCAACCUAUGCUUCUCGGGGUGAGGGGCGAGAAAUCAUGUACCUCGAGUUCGGACCUCAACCCAGAGAACCAUCCUGGCAUCGCGGGCCAUAGGUUCUUGGAGGCUUCACGGGAGGAGAUUCUGGAGUGGUGGUGGUCACCACUUCAAUGUCUUUUGGUGUAUGGGGGGAGGGCCAGCCUCCAACUUCGAGAUGCCACAGUGUGGCUCGAGCUCGCUCCCUAG